AUGGGGACUCCCAAUGAUCAGGCAGUGCUGCAGGCCAUCUUCAACCCUGACACCCCAUUCGGAGACCUUGUUGGGUUGGACGUGGGAGAGGAAGUGGAGAAGGAAGAAGUAGACGAAGAUGGAGUUUUCCCUCGAGCACAGUUGGAGCAAUCCAAGGCCCUGGAGCUGCAAGGAGUGAUGGCAGCGGAGGCUGGCGACCUCGGCACGGCCCUGGAGAGGUUUGGCCAAGCCAUCAGCCUGCUGCCUGAGCGGGCCUCCGCCUACAACAACCGAGCCCAGGCCCGCCGACUCCAAGGAGAUGUGGCAGGCGCCCUGGAGGACCUGGAACGCGCUGUGGCGCUGAGCGGCGGCCGGGGUCGCGCCGCCCGCCAGGGCUUCGUGCAGCGCGGGCUCCUGGCGCGGCUGCAGGGCCGGGACGACGACGCCCGCAGGGACUUCGAGCGGGCGGCGCGGCUGGGCAGCCCGUUCGCGCGGCGCCAGCUGGUGCUGCUCAACCCCUAUGCCGCGCUGUGCAACCGCAUGCUGGCCGACAUGAUGCGGCAGCUGCGCGCGCCCCGCAACGGCCGCUGA